CCUCACCUUCCGCAGCUUCUCCUUCUCUGGUCUCUCAUCUCUGUCUCGCACUCUCUGUCGCCCUAUCUCACACCCUCUGUGUCGAUGUUUCUCCAUCUCUAGGAUCCAUUUUUCUCUCUUACUGGUAGCCAUCUCUCACCUCUUCUCUCUAGCGGCAGCCAACAGCAGAACUAAGGUCAAACCAUGUUCUUCCAAGCAGGCCAUCUGGCAUAUCAUUAGACAUAAAGAAGUCUUCUUACAAGAAACUAUCUAAGUGGUUACAAGCUAAAGCUUCUAUAGGAUGGAUCUCAGUGAAAGAAGACAAACAUAAGAAAGAGGUAAAUCUGGUUUCAAUUAACCGGAACCACCCGGAGUAUUUAUCCUUUAAGCCAGAGAAAAAGGCCCGAAUGGCUGGGAAAUCUGCGGGUGCUGCUUCUAAUGAAGAGCAGUCACCAAGACUACUGGAUGUAACUGAAAUUUAUAAACCUAGUGUUCAUGUAAAUCCAAUUUUCGCAGCUGUAGGAGUAAAUCUGGAUAAACUAUAUACUGCAUCAGAAGCUUCUGAAAUAGUUUUCCAGUAUGUUGAGAAAGAGAAACUUGUUAAAGCAACAAACAAAUCUCUUGUCAUUCUUGAUGCAAUUUUAUGUGAUGCCCUAUUUAAGGGAGCAAUGAAAAGGGGAUGCACUUAUCCAACUGAAAUUCAUAAGAAAGAUAUAGGGUCAACUUUUAUUAACCGGAUGCAACCCCAUCAUAGAAUUACAAGAGGAAAUGAUACAGCUGUUCGCAAAGGUACUUUGAAACCUAUUCAGAUCUUGACAGAAAGGAGGCAAGGCAACAAGAAAGUGACCAAGCUUUCUGGGCUGGAGUCGUUUUUUGUUGAUGCUGAGGUAUUGGCUUCUGAGUUGCAGAAGAAAUUUGCUUGUAGCACCUCCAUGACAGAACUUCCAGGUAUUAUAUGCAAAUGUUUCAUCUUCUCAGUCUAUUUCCUCAUCUCAGAAAGAUAGGGGAUGUGUGGUUUUUGCUGUCCAGAUUUUCUAUUUCAAUUUCACUUUUUGCUUUCCAUAUAAUUAUUUCUGUUUUACACCAGCUUUCUUAUUGCAUUCUAUUGUUUCUUAAAGCAUCUGGAAUUCUGCAUUUGAAAUUGUU